AUGAGAAGAACUGCUGAGCUUAAAGCCGGCAGAAGGUACGCGAAGGUCCUGUACACGUACAUCCCGCGGGAGGAGAACGAACUGCCUCUGGAGGUAGAUGACAUCAUCGAGGUGCUGGAGGGGGAAGAUGGCGGCUGGUGCCUGGGUUACCUGAGGGGCAGGAUAGGCCUGUUCCCCUCCAACUAUGUCAAGUUCAUAGCAGAAAGGAAAGUGCCUGCGCUCCGACAAGCAGUGGAGCUAGAAGAACGACAGAUGAAGAGAAGUGUGUGA